UUUCACCCUGAGCCAUGGGAGGGGGGUGGGCCAAUACAAAAAAUGACUCAAGCCAAAAAAUCUGUCAGUCUAAAGAGUAAGGAGUUAGAAGAGCAGACACAUGGACAUGGAGGGGCAGACUUACUUACUUUGAAGACUACUAUUUUGUUACAUUUGCCUUGAAUCCGGACACAUUUUGACAGAAAAGCCGGUGCAGUGUUUCGUUCUGUCACAUCCACAGGAGAUAUCCGUGCUGUUGGUGACAUGUCGUCUGACAGACUGAGCAGCGUGUCGCUGUAUCCUCUGGACCCAGCAGCUGCCCCGGAGCACCAGCUGCUGGGUAUCUUUGGGACGGGGGACUUAGGGCGGUCUCUGGGCCAGCGUCUGCUCCAUUCUGGCUACAGGGUGGUGUACGGCAGCCGCAGACCUCAGAGCUGUGGCCCCUUGCCUCAGGGAGCUCAGGCAAUGAGCCACGAGGCAGCAGCCCAGUCAGCCAGUCUGGUCUUUCUUUGUAUUCACAGAGAACACUAUGACUUCCUGGAAAAUCUCGCGCCUCAGCUCCAGGGAAAGGUGCUGGUGGACGUCAGCAACAACCUCAAGAAGAAUCUGUACCCAGAGGCCAAUGCUGAGUGUCUGCAGAGGCUGAUCCCUGGAGCCCAUGUGGUGAAGGCUUUCAACACCUUGUCUGCGUGGGCCCUGCAGAAUGGGCCCUCGGAUGCCAGUAGACAGGUGUACCUGUGUGGAAACGGUGCUGAGGCGAAGCAGGCGGUAGCGGAGGUGGCCACCAAACUUGGCUUCGCUGCCUUGGAUAAAGGUUCUCUGUCAGCAGCCAAAGAGCUGGAGGACUUCCCACUGCAGCUGUUCCCGGAGUGGAGGAUGCCGCUGUACGUGGCCGUCGGCCUCAACGCCUUCAUCUUCGUCUACGUGCUCAUUAGAGAAGUCGUCUAUGCGUAUGUUGAACGGGGGGAAGACGACUCCUUUAGAAUCAUGGUGUCCCUGGCCAACAAGGUGUUUCCCAUUGUGUCUCUCAUCAUGUUGUCUCUGUGUUACCUGCCUGGUGUCAUAGCUGGCUUCAUUCAGCUCUACAGAGGCACCAAGUACAGGCGUUUUCCUGACUGGUUGGAUCGCUGGAUGCUGUGCAGGAAACAGCUGGGACUGGUAGCUCUUGGCUUUGCUUUUCUACAUAUGGUCUACACUCUCAUCAUCCCCAUAAGAUAUUAUGUGAUAUUCUGGAGUUCUGCUAAUACCGUCUCAAAGAUCAGGGAGAACCGAACGUCAGUGUUUGACACCACCACGGCCUGGCGUUCAGACUCCUACUACUCCAUGGGGAUUCUGGGAUUUGGCCUGUUUCUCCUGUUGGGAAUAACCUCUCUCCCCUCGGUCAGCAACGCUCUCAGCUGGAGGGAGUUCAGCUUCAUACAGUCUAAGCUGGGAUACCUGACAGUGUUCUUCUGUACCCUCCACACCUACCUGUACGGCUGGGACAAGUUCCUUCGUUCCUACAAGUGGCACAUGCCUCCGGCCUACAUGCUCUCUCUGUUGUUGCCUUCGGUGUUGCUAGUGCUCAAGCUGCUGCUCCUCCUGCCCUGUGUGGACCGCAGCCUCACCCGCAUUCGGCAGGGCUGGGAGAGGACUGGGACGCAGGACAGCGGUGGGAAACCACUGCUAACAUAGAGACCAUUACAGACCCAAAAACAAUGGUGUACACUGAGAAAGGCCAAGACAAAGACACCACAGUGGCUUGUCUUCUAAGAGCUCUGUUAUCAGAUAACCCCAGCUCAUUGGUUUGGACCUCACAGAUCCGAGCUCUGCAGUUUACACUUACUGUUCUGCUCUCUGUUGUCAACAUAGGCAACAAAGGCAAUUGAUUGAAACUACUUUCAAAAUCUCUUUGUGUGAUCAUCUUUGAAUUGUUCCAUUUUUUAAACAUAGAAUAUGAUAAAAUGGCACUGUGUAUGCUUUUAUCAGUUAUACAAAUUCCUUAGAGCAGUGAUCUCAAAGUAGGGUCCGGGGACCCCCAAUCCUAUAAUCUGCAAAUAUGUUUAAAACAUGUCUAUUACAUUUUUUCUGUGUUGUUUUUUAUACAUAACUAAGACUGUAGAAGUGUAAAAAAUAGGCUUUGUCAAAUUAUUCCAAGGGAUAAACAGAGACAGAAUAUUCUGUAUUUUGUAAGGGGUCCUAAAACAGAUUGAGAACCUCUGCCUUAGAGAAUCAUAGACACACACAUUAAAGCAGCCUUAUAGGACUUUAACACUAUAGUUGAAUCAUUUCACAAUGACCAUGAACAUCCAGCGUUGUUAGAGAGUCUAACUCUGAGGCAGGCAACUCAACAUCAACAGCAAGAGUUUGACUUUCAUUUUUAUACACAGUUUCUCAUCAACCUGCAUCUACAUGGUGGCUUUUGUUUAAUCAAUUAACUUUGUAUACUUUUCUGUAAAUUCAGAUUUGUGGAUAAUAUUGCUAAAUGUCAAAUGUAACCACUGUUCAAUAAAUUUCGUUGUGACUGAA